GAGGCGCGAAGCGUCCUCACAUCCCAGAUUGGGGAGCCGAUCAGAGUAGAGUUCGGCGACAAGGAGUGCAAGUACUGUGUCGAUAUACACCACCCGCUGCAGUACCACAUCGUGCGGCACUGUCUCUGCGGGGACGACCUCAACUUCGCACGGUCGCUGUACUACUGUCAAAGAAUAAAGACCUCUGGCGGCAAGAGUGGGUCAUUAUUCUUCAUUUCUCACGACCGCCGCUUCCUGUUGAAACAGAUCAACACGGCAGAGUUCAAAAUGUUGCAGAAGUCGGAAAAGCGAAGUCACGUUGAGGCCCUCUUCUGGUACGCAGACAAGGUCCUCUUCGAGGGGCUGCCCUCGGUGCUGGUCCAGGUGGUCGGCCUCUUCACGGUGACCCUGCAGCGGCCGAAAAAGGCCGCCCGCGUGCUGCACUUCAUCGUGCAGCGGAACCUGCGCCAGGGCCUCAUGUCCACCCCGACCUGCGUCUUCGACCUCAAGGGCGUCGGCAAGAGCCGCAAGAUGGAGACCGCGCGCGGCAGGGAGGACGAGCGCGACGACGACCAGGGCCCCGCCUCGGCCGGCAGCGGCGCGCUGGGCGGCAACGCCGAGGCCCGGGCGGAGCCCCUCGACGACGGGAGGAAGGAGGAGUCGAAGCAGGUGCUGUGGGACCAGAACUUCCGAGAGUACUGUCGGGGCAGGCCCCUCUGCCUGGAGCCGAGCGACCUGAAGCACCUGGAGGCGGCCGUGUGGAACGACGCGCAGCUGCUGUGCCACCUGAGCCUGGUGGACUACUCGCUGCUGCUGGUCGUCGCAG